AGAAAUGGCACCUUCGUCACAUCUAUCUGGGUCUAUUGAAGUGGAAAGAAAGUUUGUCCCUGGGCCAGAAGUAGAGAAAAGCUUGUAUGCACUAGGGGCUGAGCUGCUUAAGGAAAUCAUAUUUAGAGACUCUUACUAUGAUAGCGCAGAAUUGCGGCUUACACUUAACGACUAUUGGCUGCGAAAAAGAGGAGAUAGUUGGGAGCUCAAACACCCACCACAACCAGGGACCAGAGGACUUUUUGGAGCUUCCACACAAUACUUGGAGGUGACUGAAGAAGAUAAAAUUAUUUGCAAAGUCAGUGAAGUACUGGGUGUACCAAGUCCCCCCAACAUGGAAGCGUUUGGCCUGAAUGAGUUUGCAAGUUUCGUGACGCGCAGACGCAGGUUCCAGCUGCCUCUAGAGGAAAGCUCAAGCACCAUGGCUAUGGUUGACCUAGAUGAGGCAGACUUCGAUUUUGCAGUAGGUGAAGUGGAAGUGAUUGUACAAACACAAGAGGAAGUACAAAACGCAUUUCAAAAAGUAGAAGAGAUCUGCAAAAAGCUAGGUGUUUUCCAGGAAUCAGCUGUACAAGGCAAAGUAGCAACAUUUCUUCAACUGAAUCGUGUUGAACAUUACAGGCAGUUGGUUGAGGCUCAUGUAUUUUGA